AUGCCUAAUUCACCAAGUGCAUGGGAAUUAAUAGCAAAUGACUAUAAUGAAUUAUGGAAUAUUCCGCAAUGUGUAUGUGACAUUGAUGGUAAACACAUCGUAAUGCAAGCACCUUUUAAUAGUGGCACUGAAUACUUCAAUUACAAGGGGACAUUUAGUGUUGUUCUACUUGCUGCAGUGGACACCCAUUAUUGUUUUAUUUUUGCAAAUGUUGGGUGUCAAGGUAGGAUAUCAGRUGGAGGCGGAUUCAAUAAUUCCAUCUUGGCAAAAAAAAUUUACGAUGAAUCUUUAAACUUACCAUCGCCAAAAGCACGUCUUCCAGGACAACAAGAAAAAUCUCCUUAUGUUUUUGUAUGCGAUAAUGCUUUUCCAUUGAAGGACAAUUUAAUGAAACCUUUUUCCGGGACUCAUUUACGAGGUUCACCACAGCGAGCUUUUAAUUAUCGUUUAUCAAGGGCACGACGUGUCGUUGAAAAUACUUUUGGCAUAAUGGCUUCAGUUUUUCGAGUCUUAAGGAAACCGUCAUUACUACAACCCGAAAAAAUAAAUUCUAUUGUUUUGGCAUGCGUUCAUUUGCAUAAUUUUUUAAGACGGAGUGAGUCGUCAAAAAAUUUAUAUUGUCCACCAGAUAUUUUUGACACCGAAGACUUCUAA